CCGUACAGAGAAUUCACAGAAGAAGACGAACACGGAAGCGUCUCAGUUCUAAUCUGAACUGCAUAUAGGCUAAUAUUGUUAUUUUUCUGAUGCAAAAUGUGUACUGGUUGUGUGCAGAAACAGUAUCCCGACAGGGGUCAUACCUGUCUGGAGAAUGGUUCAUAUCUUAUGAAUUUUCUCGCCUGCGCCAACUGUCAGCAGCGGGACUUCGUGCUGAUCAGCGACAGGACGAUGGAGAGUGAAGAUGACGAGGAGCUCGUCACGUACCUGCAUAUGUGCAAGAACUGUGAUCAUGUCAUAGCAAGACACGAGUACACCUUCACUGUGGUGGAUGACUAUCAGGAAUACACAAUGUUGUGCAUGUUGUGUGGAAAAGCAGAGGAUUCCAUCAGCGUGUUGCCGGAUGAUCCCAGACAAACAGCGCCUCUGUUCUAGAGUAUUUGCACAGACACAGAGACAUGAAAUUGCGAUUUUUGUUAAAGAGCAUGGUCGUGCAUGAUGGAGGGAGUCAUGACACAUGCAACGUUUUACUUACGCUUAGCACUGGAGAAAGACACACUGUCACAUCGAAUCCAGGAGAAUAUACCGCAGAAUUCAUUGUGCUCUUUGUUUCUACAUAUUCAAUAGAGGCACUAAGUUUUAUAGCAACUCUGACUCCUAAAGAUACAUGAAUUUGAGUCAUUCACAAAUUUUAAACUUAAUUAGGAAUCAUCCCAUGUUUAAUUCUCACGUUUCUGCCACAGAAUAGAAAAAGCAAAAUAAUUUUUUUUAAAAUUUGA